GUGAGACGUAGUUUUCAUUUUACGAGCAGACAUCGGUGGUUCAAGGGUCGUCUAAGGUUUAUCACCAGAGUGUCUUGGUUCUGCCGGAAUAGCAUCGCAGAAAAAUACGACCGGCAUUAAAAUGACAACAUCGACGUUUUGCGUGAAUUCUUUGAUAAAUUCAGGAGAGAGCGGGGCCAUCCUUAAAUCUAGUCAACAGAGUGAUGUCCAUGGUACGGCAGGACUCGCCGCUACCAAAUGCAGCAACGGUAGCGGAACUUUCGCUCCGAAAUUCGCCGAUUCACCCACCACCCAGGCUACCGUGGGUCACAAUAUGCCUACCGCUGCCGGACCCCCGUCCGCUACCAACAUGUACUCACUAGCUCCAGACCAAAGUUGUUAUACCAACCCUUGGUUUUACUCCUCGGGCGAUACAACCCACUAUCCACCCAUGUCUGUUACCGGUGUAAACGAAGAGUACGAGAACAGCUCUUCCUACCCUUAUGUUGGAUCCCAGAAAGGGUACGAUACAGCCUUGGUGCCCACUACAGGGAGCUACUACACAACCCUUGGACGACAGGCUUACGUUGAACGAUACUCAAACCAUACCACUAAUGUUUACCACACAUCAUCUCACAAUGGACACGGACUACCGGCAAGUUUUGCCAGUAGCUUCGCCGCGAAAUUCGUCAGCGGAACGGCGGACCACGAGCGGCAGCGGUACGGUAGCUUCGACUCGUACGACUCGCCCAGCUUCGGCACCUCUGUGAAGGGACAACACGGUACGGGGAAGAGUCAAACAGCGUACACAGCGGCACCGGCUACGGGGAAUACAAGCCCUCCACUCGGCAAGGAAUCCAAGCAGACUUCCAGUAACGAGGCAGUCACGAAGAGUGAAGAUGAUGACGUUGUUAAGAACGACAACACACCCAACUGGCUAUCAGCAACAUCCGGCCGCAAGAAACGUUGCCCGUACACCAAAUACCAAACCCUGGAACUGGAGAAGGAGUUUCUCUUUAACAUGUAUCUAACCCGAGACAGACGAGUGGAGAUUGCCAGGCAGCUCAAUCUGACAGAGAGACAGGUCAAGAUUUGGUUCCAGAACCGCAGAAUGAAGAUGAAAAAAAUGCACCGCGCCCAGAUUCUGAGCUGCUGAUAAAUGAAAUAGCGCCCUCUGUAGAUGGACAGUGGACAGAGAGGAGAUCGCGUAACUACUCUCAGGCAGUGCUGAUCAAAUUAAUAUUAAUGGCUGCAUUUUGUGGUGUGGUUGGACGUUUUGCUCUUUGGAAUUACAAGUAAACGGUGCUGCACCAGCGAGGACUGUAAAGAGACAAUUAUUGUUCACGAUUUAGGAUAAUAAAACUGCGUUGGAUAACAUUAUUUCAAUCGACGUGUGGACUAGGAUAACAAAACUGGGGAGUGUGGUGCAAGAACACACACAUCAUCUUUGAGAAAACACCCCUCCUGGAGUCGGCCUGGACUUGAUUGUUUUACAUUUCGAAAUCUUGACGUAAUUUCCCUGCAUGGUGUUCUUAAGGGGUUGAUUUGACAUUCUAUAAUGUAGCCAAAGAGCGCCAGGAAUAGUGUUCGUUUCCUUCAUGAUGUCUCAAGAAAUGCCUUGUGGAGAUUGGAUAGUUCGCAGAGAGUUUGCGUACAUGGGAUCAUCGACCACAGGCGGCCAGGCAUAGUCAUGAUCAUCAAGAGAAACUCAUCUAUUAUUUAUGCACACUUGCACGUCUUGUGAAUAUUAUGUGAAUAUUUAUCUAUUUACCAACCCGUAUUCAAAUCUUCCUUUGAUAAAACAUACUUCCUAUGCAGAAGAGGCGUGUGUUAAUAUUAUUUGUUUUGAGGGUGGCGACCCCGGGUCAAUCAUUGAGAUGACCUUACAUGAUUGGUGCAUUUAAACUACAGUUAGCAGCAUAGUUCGAUACCACGAGGUACAAAAUGGAUUGUUUUGCCUGCCCCCUCGCCGACUACACAAAUAUAGUAUUUCAGACAAAUAUUGUAUGUGGAUGGCUGGUACUGGUAUAGGAAAUUUCAAAUCAAUUAGCUUUCAAACCGGUGAACAUCUGUUUAUAAAAAUAAGCAUCACUACAGUAUUUUGUUGUGUUACAAAACAAUCUUUAAACUAAUUGAGAUUAUCUGACCAUCAAUGCGAUCCUCUUGUUACUGAUUACUGACCCAUAAACGUCAUGUUUGAAUUCUCGUGAGUUGCUGAACAAAGCAACCGAGUUGUCUUAAAACAUCGACGCCAUGAUUGUCUAUAAGUUGGAAACAAGAAACAAUAAGGUUGCGGCUUAACAAAAGGAAACCAAAACAAUCUCGACCUGGACUACAUAGAGGGCGCACUACUCGUGGUUGCUUUAUUAUUCUCCCCAGAGUAGCCCCCCAGUCCCUCCGAGACUCUGAUCCCUUCAGUGAGAUUCAAUCACCUGUUACUGGUUAUCAUGUAGCUGUAAUACACAUAUUUAAUUCCCUCAUUGACCUGAAUAUGAAUGUUGAAUUUAUCGAGUGCAAAGUACGCCUGACACAUUUACGGCUUGAGCUGAAACUAUGUAAAUUACCCCCUCGGUCGUGUUACAAAGUUCAAAUGCUAGCAGGGAAGAGUCGUCGGUCGUGUUACAGAGUUCAAAUGCGAGUAUUCAAGAGUCGUCGGUCUUUGCAUACAGAGUUCAAAUGCGAGCAUUGAAUAGUCGUAGGUCGGUGCAUGUUGUGUAAACCACCUCCUGGGAUUUCAAGAUACAUAUUUUGUGAGUUACCUUUUUAUUUUCACCUGCCGUAAGGUGGGGGUUCAAAUUUGACGAAAUCUUACAUCGCCGAUUUUGCUUCCUUUUUUAAAUUUUACACAAAGACAUUUGUUUACGAUGUUUUGUGCUGUUUGCCCUAAAAUUCGGGAACAUAUUAAGCCUAGUUAUAAAGUGAAAAAUAUGAAGUGUUUGGAGGUACAUUUGUAAGAUUGUAUUAAGAAUGGAGACGAGUGUUGAAUUUGAUCACUAGAUUCAUCCUCGUAAGUAGCUGAUAAGGAAUGAUUCAAAGUCGUCUCAAUGACACAAAAGGGUAAAAUGUGUCCAAUGCAAUAUUUUUGCAUGGGUAUGAAAGUGAUGUAGCGCCACCAACCGAAAAACUUCGUUUCAUCAAUCGUUGCACAAUAUUGACCAAAAUGCUUAACCAUCACGGUCGAAACUGUAAACCCUGUAUCAAACAGAGAUAAUGUAUUCACUAACAACAAACAAAAUAUGCACUGAUUCUGUCACA